UUUACUUGCUGUCAACCAUAGCCAGAAUGACAUCUGGAUUAUAGACCAAAUGAAGCCUAAAUGACAAAAAACACCCCCCAUAACAUCUAAAAUGAAAUCCGUUUCUCUGUUCGUCUGUCUGUUGUGUCUGUCAUCGCUGUCGGCGGAAGAACACUUUGACCAAACUCAUCCAGAAUUCUGGAACGAUAUGAUGCGCGAGGAACUACGAAGGGCGACAAUCCUCUCGCCGAUCGUCAAACGAGCCGACAACGUCAUCCUCUUCAUCGGCGACGGAAUGGGUAUCACCACGACAACGGCAGCGAGGUGGUUGAAGGGACAGAGGAACAACAAGACUGGGGAAGAAGGGUUUCUCACGUUUGAGCGGUUUCCGUACGUGGCCAUGUCUAAGACGUACAGUGUGGAUAGUCAGACGACGGACUCGGCGGCUACGGCCACGGCGCUGUUGUCCGGCGUGAAGAACAACUAUGGGUGUGUUGGCGUGGACGGCCGCGUUCAGUAUGACGACUGCGAGACUUCACACGGGAAACACGUCGACUCGGUUCUACACUGGGCCCUGGCAGAAGGCAAGUCUGUUGGCAUAGUAACGACUACCCGUGUGACCCACGCCACUCCCGCCGCCGCAUACGCCCACUCGGCGAGUAGAAACUGGGAGAAUGACUUCGACAUACAGAAUGUUUACGGAAACUGCACGGACAUUGCGAGACAGCUUAUUGAAGACAACCCCAACAUACAGGUUAUUCUGGGAGGUGGGCGGAGUAAAUUCAUGACGGACAACCAAACGGAUCCCGAGACUGGGCGCGUCAGUAGCAGAGCCAGAAAAGAUGGACGUGACCUCAUUCAAGCAUGGCUGGACGAGAAGGAAGCCCGAGGAGUAAGUCAUCACUACGUGUGGAACGCCAGCGCCUUCGACGACGUGGAUACGCAGACGACAGACUACCUUCUAGGCCUGUUUUCUGACACACACAUGAAAUAUGAACUCGAAAGAAAGGAUGGACCGACCCCGACUGAGGCUGGUGAACCAUCAAUAGCGGAAAUGACGUUGAAGGCAAUAGAAAUACUCCGCAGAAACAAAAAUGGAUACUUUUUAUUGGUCGAAGGAGGGCGGAUAGACCACGGUCACCACUUGAACUGGGCUAACCUGGCUCUGUCAGACACAGUCGCCCUCGAUGACGCCGUCACAGUUGCAGCUACAGAGACGUCUCAGGAAGAUACUUUAAUCGUCGUGUCCGCAGACCACUCCCACGUGUUCAACAUCGCCGGCUACCCGCAGAGAGGAAACCCGGUCCUAGGCGCUGCAGGCACUGGCAGUGACAUGUUGCCCUACACAUCUCUGGUGUAUGGAAAUGGGCCAGGCUAUGGAAGGCGGAAUAUAACAAAUGAUGAAUUGGACCACCGCUAUUACAAACAACAAUCGGCGGUUCCAAUUGACACGGAAACCCAUGGCGGGGAGGAUGUGGCCAUAUACGGCCGCGGACCAAUGGCGCAUCUCUUUCACGGCGUGCACGAGCAGGCGUACAUAGCCCACGUGAUUGGAUAUUCUGCGUGCAUUGGUCCAUACAAAGAACCAGCCGCAUGCGCAUUGGCACUGGUGCCAGCUCCGCCCAUUAGUGCAGGCACGACGUUGAAGUACGGCAGUGUUGUCGCGCUCUUAUCUGUGAUAGGGGCGUAUUUAUUAUAAUAUGGUGUGACUGCGUCUUUAUAACUUUAUGGCGUAUUAAUAGGCGUAUUCAGUUCAGGGGCGGAUGCAGGAUUUUGUAAAAGGGGGAGGGGAGUUACAAAAUUCUGUAAAAUGUUUUUUUGUUGUUGUUAAUCAUCAGCUAUUUGAUGUCCAAAAAUUCUGGAAAAGGGCAAUUUGAGUUUGAGUUUGUUGACGGCAAAUAAGCCAAGCUCACAAAAGCAACAUGAUUGCAAGGGGGUUUAGGGGUCAGGUUUUCCGUAAAAUAAAGAAGCGUUUUCAGGGCAAUUUAGUGUUGAAUAUCAUGGUGAUAUGAAUUUAAAAAAAUAAUAUAUAUAUAAGGUGAUUAAAAAAGUUAAUUUCAAACGGGUGAUUAAAAAGGAAAUUUCAAAUGGGAGUAACUGGACCCCUCUGGAUCUGCCAGUGUUCAUAACUAUGGUGUAUUUGUUUGUAAGGCGCGGAUUAAGCCGGAUGUCGAUGUAGCCUGGGCCUCCAUAUUUUUUACCACUUAAGUUUGCCUUUAUAAAAUAUUACAAGUCGUGUUUAUCAAUGUGUUUAUCGAUGUCACCUAAGUACGUUAUAUGAAAGGCGCUAUCUUUAAGUUACAGUGCAUUAUGCUAUUUUGAUAUUAAACAUUUUUAAUAAAUAACUGAAAAUUAGAGCCCAAUCGAUCACAUUUCGAUUAUAAUCGAUAAUUUCUUUUCUCAACAUAUUUUGUACGCAACGGUCUGGGCUUAUGUCGCCAUUUGGGCGAAUAAUUUCAUUAUUAAAUCGCCAAAAGAAAUUAAUUCAAAAACAAAAUGAAUGCAAUUCUUCAUAGAGCCAUAAGGCACUUACUUCAAUUGCCAGGGGGAGGAAUUUUUUUAAAAUUAAUAUAUGUAAACAAAAAUUCUGUAACAAGACGCAUAUGAGAGAGAGAGAGAGAGAGAGAGAGAGAGGGGGGGGGGGGGAGGAGGAGAGUUGUUUACCACCUAUGACAAUUAUUUCUAUUGCACCACGUUAUCAGUCGCAAAGUGCCAUAAAAGACUGAGUCUUCGUAUAUCGGUCAUUUUUAUUAAUGUUUUGAAUACUACUUUUAUUAUUACGUCUCUCUUCUUCUUCUUUUCCCCUCUGAAUUCCAUAUUUUAUAUGUGAUUAAGAUAAAAUGUUAAGUUUGCAAUGUAUUCGUUAACUUUUGAUUGUUUUAUAUCUUCCUACUUCAGUGUGUGAUUUACUGUCUUCAGUCUAAUGUUUAUCAAUAUAAUGUUGUUAGUAAACGUUAAAAACGUGCAGGUAUCUUUUAUAACACCAUGUUUUAAUCACAUGUUAUUAAAUUGUUAAAACAGUU